UUCCUAGCGGACCUCUUGGAUAAAGUAUGUGAGCGAAUGAACGACUACAAGCUCGAAGAGGACCCUGUGACUAAGGAGAGGACUUUCAAGAGAUUCGCUCCAAGGAAAGGAGACAAAAUAUACAAAGAAUUUAAAAAAUUCUUUUUUUAUUCUGACGCUUACAGACCUUUGAAAUUCGCGUGUGAAACUAUAAUAGAGGAGUAUGAAGAUGAAAUAUUCUCACUUAUCGCCCAGGAGGCACACUAUCUAGCUGACAAGCUGUGCACUGAAAAAUCAGAUCUGUGUGAAUCUUCUACUAAUCAUACUGAACUCUAG